AUGGUAGUCAGCCCGCUCUUAACACAGCCGAUGUCCUAUGAGCCCAUCGAAACCCGCAUUGCCGCCAUGCGCGCUGCUCUAUCCGAAGGCUUCUCUCCCAACGAAGUCGACACGCGUCCCCGCGGUGUAGGCCGCCCGCUAGACUAUGCAAUCGAAGAUGGCUGGCCCGCCGACUUUGCCCAUCUCAAGCAAAAUCUCCCUAUUGUCCAUCUGCUCCUCGAAGCCGGGGCUGAUCCCAGACUUCCUUCUCGGGAUCCGCCCGGCCGCUCGCCAAUUGAUUCCCUAGAGGCCUGGUUCAAGCAGUAUGAUAUCAGAGGGCAUGAAUUCGGUGCUGAACAUCUAGAGCUGAAACCGUUCUUUGAGAAGGCUUUAGAAGCUAUGAAAAGAGUUGCAGAUAAGCUUAAUGGUGAGUUUGCGUUGAUAUAG